UUUCUAUAUAAAGGUCGCGGGGAAUUGCAAAAGAGUCAUUCAAGCACAUUGUUCCAUAGUAGCAGCUGAAACCAUGAGAACAAUCUUACUUGUGAGCGCCCUUUUCGUGGCAAGUAUCAACGCCGCCAGCAUUCAGCCAACCGUGCGGGCCAUCAACAACCAACUAUACAGGCGUUACGUGUGCGUCCAUAAGUCCGAUGGCUUCCGGGCCCUAGUCCCGGGCAGCUGCUCCCAGUACUACGAGUGCCACUCCGGAGUUGCUCUGGUGAGCACCUGCUCCCGUUUCUUCGACACCAAGGUCCAGGGCUGUGUUAACUACAACACAGGCUGUAUCGAGACCCAGGUCCUAUCUACCGAUAACAACAAGGUAGUAGCCCUUGACGCUGCUGUUCCUUGUGCCGAGGAAACGACCACUGCCUGUGGGGUGACAGAAGCUACUACGACCACGCCAUGUGGACCUGAGUCUAUACCAUCAACCACAACACCUUGCGAGCCGAGCUCUACCCCAUCGACCACCACACCCUGCGAACCGAUCGUUACCCCAUCGACCACGACACCCUGCGAACCGAUCGUUACCCCAUCGACCACGACACCCUGCGAACCGAUCGUUACCCCAUCGACCACAACACCCUGCGAACCGAUCGUUACCCCAUCGACCACAACACCCAGCGAACCGAUCGUUACCCCAUCGACCACGACACCCUGCGAGCCGAUCGUUACCCCAUCGACCACAACACCCUGCGAACCGAUCGUUACCCCAUCGACCACGACACCCUGCGAACCGAUCGUUACCCCAUCGACCACGACACCCUGCGAACCGAUCGUUACCCCAUCAACCACGACACCCUGCGAACCGAUCGUUACCCCAUCAACCACGACACCCUGCGAACCGAUCGUUACCCCAUCGACCACAACACCUUGUGAACCAAUUACCACAACAUCCACUGCUGCCGUGACCCCAUCAACAACGACACCCUGUGAGACUACUCCUACAACAACACCCUGCGAACCGAUCGUUACCCCAUCGACCACAACACCUUGUGAACCAAUCACCACAACAUCCACUGCUGCUGUGACCCCAUCAACCACGACACCCUGCGAACCGAUCGUUACCCCAUCGACCACAACACCUUGUGAACCAAUCACCACAACAUCCACUGCUGCUGUGACCCCAUCAACCACGACACCCUGUGAACCGAUCGUUACCCCAUCAACCACGACACCCUGCGAACCGAUCGUUACCCCAUCGACCACAACACCUUGUGAACCAAUCACCACAACAUCCACUGCUGCUGUGACCCCAUCAACCACGACACCCUGUGAACCGAUCGUUACCCCAUCAACCACGACACCCUGCGAACCGAUCGUUACCCCAUCGACCACAACACCUUGUGAACCAAUUACCACAACAUCCACUGCUGCUGUGACCCCAUCAACAACGACACCCUGUGAGACUACUCCUACAACAACAUCCUGCGAACCGAUCGUUACCCCAUCGACCACAACACCUUGUGAACCAAUUACCACAACAUCCACUGCUGCUGUGACCCCAUCAACCACGACACCCUGCGAACCGAUCGUUACCCCAUCGACCACAACACCUUGUGAACCAAUUACCACAACAUCCACUGCUGCCGUGACCCCAUCAACCACGACACCCUGUGAGACAACUCCUACAACAACACCCUGCGAACCGAUCGUUACCCCAUCAACCACGACACCCUGCAAACCGAUCGUUACCCCAUCGACCACAACACCUUGUGAACCAAUUACCACAACAUCCACUGCUGCCGUGACCCCAUCAACCACGACACCCUGUGAGACUACUCCUACAACAACACCCUGCGAACCGAUCGUUACCCCAUCGACCACAACACCCUGCGAAUCAAUCGCUACCCCAUCGACUACCACACCUUGUGAGCCUUCUUCAACCACGUCGACACCUUGUGCCCAAGAUGAUUCCACCACAACAACACCUUGUGCGCCGAUCACGACGACUGCAUGUGGGGAAGAAACAACCACUGCCUGCAGCGAAGCGUCUUCUGGAACCAAGGCUAAGCCCGCAACCCUGAAGGUGAAACCCGCCAGACCAGUUCGCCCUGCUAAGCGUCCCACCUUAGAGUCUACUCAGCAGGUGGCUCCUCAGGCUCAGGAUCUGAGCAUGACCACCUACACGAGGUACGUGUGCCGCAACAAGCCCGACGGUUUCAUGCUGGCGUCUCUUAAGAGCUGUUCCGACUACUACAUCUGCCGUUAUGGAAAGCCUCUUCUGGUUAGCUGCGGCAGCAAGUACUUCAACGCUCUGAAGGGUAUCUGCGAUCUGCCAGAGAACACCCAAUGCGUUCAGCCUUUGGCUUGAAGUCCUA